AUGGUUCAACUAUCGGACCGCCUUGGCUGUGCACGUCGAAAACGUCAGGACUGGUUCGCCGACAACGACGUCAUCAAAAAUGUGCUCAUCGAGGAGAACAGCCCGCACAAAGCCUACGUUGAUCGCUUUACCGAUGACAACAAGGCGGCCUUCUACCGUGGUUGCCGUCUUAUGCAAAAGGGGCCGCGAGAGAUGCAGGACUCCUGGGCGGCUCGCAAGAUCGAGGAGAACUGUGGCUGUCCGUACACUUAAUAGCUUAUAUGUGUCACUGCCCUUCUGUCCGCAUUACGCUCUUGAUCAGUUCACUGUUUGCAUCAUUCGACGCUUGUCCUUACCCUCCUGUGGUCGUGAUGCCAGUGAAGUCAACUUCUUCGCGAUUGGUUACAGGUGCACACAUAAGAUCAGUGGGUGACAAUAACAGCUGCACACACAUGGGACGCCGCCUUUGCGGACGUGACUUUUAACGGAGAGAACAGAGACACACAAAACACAACAACUCCAGGCGAACGACAGCUUAUGGUGACUGUUUGCAGAGCCGCUGUACGCUCUUCACCCUAGUAAAGUUUGUCUAACAAAUCCGCCUUCCCCGACUUCUGAUUUGGGAACCUUCUGGUUGUCGACUGUACCAUCACGUGUCGACAGACCCAUGGAUACGCGGACCGCAACGAAUGAAAUAACUUCUUCGCCGAGAUCAAGACUGUCUAUGAUUCCGCUGACAAAAGCACCGCCCCUUUUCUCAGCGCCAACCCCCUACUCAAUGAGACGACUCGAACCCUACAGGGAUGGGCCGAACACUUCAGAGGCGUCCUUAAUCGUCCCUGCUCCAUCUCCGACGCCGCCAUCGCCCGUCUGCCUGAAGUGGAGACUAACGUCGAUCUCGACCUUUUGCCUUUCCUCUACGAAACCUCCAGGCCGUGCAACAUCUCUCCAGCAGGAAAGCGCAUGGAUCUGACGCGAUUUAUGCUGAGAUCUACAAGUACGGUAGUCCCCAACUUGUGAAACACCCGACGCUGCUCUUUCAGGAGCCGUGGAGAAGUUGCAAAGGAUUUCAAGGACGCCACAGUCGUCCAUCUCUAUAAGCGGAAAGGUAACCGCCAGCUCUACCACAACCAUCGAGGCAUCCCCCUGUUCAAUAUUGCUGGGAAAGUCUUCGCUUGCUUUCUCCCCAACCGUCUGAACUACGAUCUGAAACAGGGGCUCCUGCCGGAAAGCCAGUGCGGUUUCCCCAGUCAUCGCGUGACCGCCAGCAUGAUCCUUCCUGCCUGUCAACUGCAGGGGAAGUGUCAGGAGAUGUGGGUCUACCUUUACUCCACCUUCGUGGAUCUGACGAGAACCUUCACUACAGUUAAGCCCGAAGGAAUAACCGCGUCUUUUGAAUUCGGUUUGAAAUUUUCGACCUCCGAGGGAUUUAACUUUUUCGAGUCUCCUGAGUCCUGGACACCCUGA